CGCGCGCCAAUGGUGUCGGAGCGCUGAGGGCGGCGCGGAGGCCGCGGCCGGGCCGGGCCGUGUGAGGGGACCCGGGGGCUCUCCGCCUUCCCCGACCCCUCGGCAGCGCUUCCCUGCGGGAACCCCCGGGCAUGGAGCCCGCUGGCCCUCCCGUGAGGGAGCUGAGGUUUGAUUCUGAGCACAUGGCAUCCCUCAGCGGCGAGGAUGCCUCUCAGCACUGCGAGGGGCUCUCCCUGAACGAUCUGGAAAACCUGCACAACUUCCGCAGCCGCUCCGGCAGCGUCGGCAGCGCGGGCUCCAGCGGCCGCCUGCAGCUCCGGCAGAGAGUUGCCCACCUCAUGGCCUGUGUGGAGGACGUCAGCUCGGACGAUGAGAUCCACAGGGAAGUGUCUCGCACCCUGGACGAAGCUUUCCUCAUCUGCGGGAAAAAGCUGAAGUGGCAAGAGUUCAGGCUGCACUUAGUUACCUGGAAUGUGGGCACAGCUUCUCCACCUCCCGAUGUCACUGGUUUACUCCAGCUCAAUUCCCUGGGCCCGACUAUGGAUAUGUAUGUUAUAGGCUUGCAGGAGGUGAACUCAAAAAUCACCAAUUUUCUGUCUGACUUGGCAUUUGAUGAUCCGUGGAGCAUUUUUUUCAUGACUGUAUUGUCUCCCUUGGGAUACAUCAAGCUCUCCUCCGUUCGCAUGCAGGGGUUGCUGCUUCUGAUCUUUGUGAAGCACGUCCACCUGCCCUUCAUCCGGGACAUCCACACCCAGUUCACACGCACAGGCCUCUAUGGAUACUGGGGGAACAAAGGAGGAGUCAGCAUUCGCAUGUCCCUCUAUGGUCACACGAUCUGCUUCAUGAACUGCCACUUGCCAGCCCACAUGGAGAACACAGAGCAGCGACUGGAUGACUUUGAGAAAAUCCUGGAAAUGCAGUUUGAAGGAGAGAAUAUUCCAAGUACCUUGGAGCACGAUGUCCUCUUCUGGUUUGGAGAUCUGAAUUUCCGGAUAGCAGACUAUGGCAUCCACUUUGUCCGGGAAUCCAUCAAUAACAAGCGUUACAGUCUGCUCUGGGAGAAGGACCAGUUAAAUAUGGCCAAAAAGACAGAAGCAUUUCUUAAGGAAUUCAUCGAGGGUCCUCUGCAGUUUAAGCCCACCUACAAGUUUGACCUGUACUCGGAUGUGUAUGAUACAAGUGAGAAGAAACGAAAGCCAGCAUGGACUGAUAGGAUUCUUUGGAGAGUGAAACAUCUCUGCCAGAAUGCAUCAAAAGAAGGCGAAUUCUCUGAAGAAGAGCAGACAAUUUUUGUUACUUUGCAUAACUAUGUCAGUCACAUGAGCUAUGGCAUCAGCGACCACAAACCUGUUACAGGAACAUUCGGGCUGGAGUUGAAGCCUCUUGUCUCAGUUCCUUUGGUCGUGCUGAACCCUGAGGGGGAGUGGAGUGCAGAACACGAUGUUCUCAUCCGCUACUCCGCAGUGCCUGAACUCCCGAGCAGUGCUUGGGACUGGAUUGGGCUCUUCAAGGUGACUUUCAGGCAUAUGAAUGAUUAUGUUACUUAUGCUUGGGUAGAAGAUGAUGAAAUCUCUUCUAACAAAGACAGUAAACAAGUUUACAUGAGUGCUUCAGAAAUACCUACUAUGGGAGGAGAAUUUUUGCUGUGUUAUUAUAGCAAUAACUUGCAGACAAUAGUUGGUAUCAGCGAGCCUUUUCAGAUUCUGCCCAGCAAAACUUCAAUAGAAAAGGAUUUGACACAGGAAGAGAACAGUUGGAUGCAGAAACCUGACGAUCUGGAAUCACGUGAUGAGUCUGAAGACAGGAAGGGGAUUUAGUGGUCCUGAUUCAGGAGUCAGAUGAUUCUUUAUAUCUUAGUGAUUGUAAGCUUUUACUCUUAGAAGAUGGAGUAAGACAGGUAGGAUUGUUCAGAAACUUUGUAAGCUCGUGGAAGAUAAUUUAUUGUGGAAACAGAUAUUUUUAUUAUGGGGAGAGUAACUCUCUUGCACUGGAUGAGAACUGUAAAAAUAGCACUUAAUGAAUGCUGUGUGUUUUAAGGUGAUAGACAUUUCUAAUACAAUGAUUUAACCUAAGGAAGUUGCCAUGUUUAAUAGAUUUUUAGGCUCCCUUUUUUGUAGAGGAUAUUUUAUUUACCAUGCAAUAUUUACUAUGCUGUAACCACUUAAUAAUUGAUUUCCAAAUUUUGAGUUCAAAUGAAGUUAUUUUAAAAUAUUUAUUAGAUAUGGCCAGUUAGCUUGUUUUGAAAUUUUAUUUGACCUUCAAAUGUAAGCUAAUUACCCUUUGGGAAACAUGUGUGACACCAGGUCACAUGAAAACAAAAUCUUUGGGCUGUGUAAAGUCUCCUUUGGUAGAUCCUUUUCUUCAUGCCUUACUGAGAACUCUCUGUAGGAUUUUCCAUUUUUAAUUUUUCCAAAUUGAAAUACAUUUAUCAAAAUGUAUUUUCCCUGAUUUUUUAGAAAUUCUUCUUUUAUAAAACAGUUAAGCAAUUUGCCUAUUGCCUUUCUCCCCCUCAUUAAAAAAAGUAAAAUAACACAAUUUUUAUACCAGUCCCUGGCUCGGAGUUGACCAGGAUCCCACAAUUUCUGAAAGAAAUGCUUUAGCAUAGGUGAGGAGCCUAUGAUUGUGAAGAAUUUGGCAUAAUCUGUGCUAUAAAAGUUGUAAAUCUCUUCCAUUUAGAGCAAUCAGUCUUAAAAAUUUCUGGUUUUCAAAUGGUGCUUAGACCUUAAUACAUCCUGUGCACUUGAGGGUGGAGAUGCAAUAAGAAACUUUAUGUACUUUAGGAACCUGAAGGGUAGUUAGCUUCAGAAAUGGUUUUGUUUCUUGAUGAGGAAAUGGAGAUAUUUGGAAAGGAUAGGAAGAAGCACCAACAUUCCACAGAACCUGAGACUGCAGUGCUGGAAAAGAGCACUUGUGAGUCUCCCCUGUUACAGAUACAAAGCUUCCAGCAACCUACCAUGUAUGGUAAGUAGAGUUAGUUACUAAUCACUGGUUAGGGAUGGAAAAGAGCAAAUUUGGUUCAAGUGGAAGAGCAAAGGGUGUUGGUGUGUUUAUGCUGGAAUGCUGCUUCAGAAAUGAAUCAGUUCCUUUUUGCCCUCUUUCUCAAAGCCUUAUUUUUUUCAGGAGUGUUUUGAGAUAGAAAGUUAGCACCUUGGUGUUUGUUUGGCGGUUACUUGCUUGUAUCAUUCACUGUAUAAAAUCUUUGGAGGGCCAGGUGUCUUUGUAUGCUGUGGGAGCUCUAACAUAGGUUAUCUGGUGAGGUAGUUGCAGUGGGGGUUAGGAACACUUGGCCUCUGUAGGUUUUUAGACAUAUUCAGCUUAAAGCUUGGUGUUGGGAACUGCUCCCAGUUGUGAGUAGCGAGGGCAGGUUCAGAGGAUCCUGUGUUCAUUGCCUGGAUGAACACUGCCUCGAGGUUUACAGUCUGUACAUUCCUGUUACACUUUGGAACAAUACUAGAAACAGUUUUCACAUUUGUACCGGUCUCGCAACAAUUUGUUUUGCACUGAAUCUUUCAGGUGUGAGACUUCUCAUGGCAAUUAGGGCACCAGACAAAUCCCUGCUGAAUUGCAAUAACUCUUGCAGUUCUCGAGUUGUCCUCUGUUUCUGAUUUCACUUGUGUAACCAUUACCAUACUCCAUGCAAGGAGAUUCUGUGGAGAGCCCAAAGAACAGUGGUCUUUGAAUUCCAGACCACAGCUGGUGAUUUAUUGUGGACCAAGAUCCAGUUUCUUCCAAGCAGGGUGCAUCUGCUGUUCGGGAGCAGCUCAGAGGGGGAGCCACGCAGCCGCUUUGCUGGGGCGAGACACUCGAGAGCCCUUCUGUUGUGUGGGAGCUGAUAACCCUCUGUCACUGGACACAGAAGCUGCAUUUUGUAAACUAAUCCUUUGAACCACAGGACUUCACUGAAAAUGCCCACGGCAGCUGGGAUUGGAACUGCUUGUUAGUAGGAUGCUGCACAGAACUGUACUUCUUUCUUCAGUAUUAUGCACACAGAGGCACUUUUGUUUACUACUGUUACCUAUGGUAGCUUUUCAAACUAUUCCAUGACCUGCAAUGAUGCAAUUUCUGAUGAAAUUUAUCUUUCUUAAAACACCUUUAAUUGGAUGUUAUAAUCACUGGAAGUGUUUUUAUACUCAUGUGUUUUCUUUUCAUGUACCUCUAAAAUAAAUCCUGGCAGUGAAGUGUU